UCUUAUUCAGCCAGAGUGCAUUAACACCGCUCUCUGGUUUGUCUUAUUCGCUUUUUUAUUCUAUAAUUUAAAGUCAAACCAGUUUGUCGUGCUCGAGAUGGACGAGCUCAACGAAACAGCGGGCAGCGAUUUUUUAAAUGUUUCCGAUUUCGAAAAUGUUACUGAACGUUUUUUCGAAGAGUACGAAAAUGCAGAUUACUUUCUCCCAAACUGGAUUGUCGCGGUUUAUUUCGCGUUUAUUUUGAUCGGAAGCGCGGUGGAUUUGGUGUAUGUUUUGGCGUUGCUAAGAUGCAAAAGGACCGGUACAUUUUCGAUAAUCCUGCACGUGACGGCGUUGGAUGCGGUAACUCCAUUCUUAGCAGCAAUAGAAAUUCUAACGAUCAACAACAAAACCUGGAUCUUUUCUCAAAACAUGUGCCCCAUUUACAACGGAGCAGAAAUCCUUAUAAACUGUCUCCAAUUAUGGCUGAUAAUCUGCAUAAAUUUCCACGUAAUAUCACUAUGGAAUUUACACCAAAACGAGUCAAAUCAGAAAACCAAAAAUCCGUUAACGUGCUGUCAAGAUGAGUCAAACGAAUGUUUGGUAUCGAGACGGGAAAGUACAAGGGUGAUCAAUAUCGAUUAUAGAAGAAGAAAAGAAGACAUAUCCGUUGCAAUACCAUGUAUUUUAAUCUGGUUUUUUUGUUUAUCGUUGAGCAUACCCAACUUUACACUUUCAUCAACGUUAAGAACCAAACAAGACCACGUGAUAUGUGCUGUAGUUGACAAUUACUACGGGCAUCUUAUCCAAAUAUUAAUAUUAGUCUUCAGAGUAAUACUACCUUUCCCCCUUUUACUAUUUUCACUUAUUUGUAUCAUACUAAAGCUAACCAAAUCAUCUCUAACAGAAAUUAAAAAUAUUCUAACCAAAGAUUUCUCCGAGAUACGCGUUUUGCUGAUAUUCUGUAUUUGUUUAACGGUAUUGUAUAUGUGCACGUCGUUUCAAAGAAGUUUAUUUCAUUUUUUGCACAUAAGUUCUGAGGAUUUUUACAACUCGACCGAAACGUUUAAAGUUCCGCCUCUGUACAAUACCCAAUUGAACAUUUCCAAUAAUAUGAGUUUAACUAUGCUGCAUUAUAGCUGCAACAGUCUGAGAGCGGUGCUGUUGUUUUAUCUGUUGCCAAAAUUCAAAGAUUUGCUUAGAAAAAAAGUUUUUGUGUGUUUCUGAAUAAUGUAAGAUUCAUUUUGUGACAAUUAAAAGAAUGACAUUUGUGGCAUCACUGACAUUUGACACAAACUUUUAAUGUGCAAAGAUAUGUAUGUAUAUAAAUAUGUACAGGUUAUUUCAGAAUAAUAAACUUGUAGAAUUUAACUAAUUAAUAAGAAAAUCUACAUAUAAUUUUCCUGUAAGUGUCCCAGUUUUCAUUCUACAGGGUGAUAAAAUGAAUUUCAUAAAUGCAUAAUUUUCUAAAUAUCUUAAAAAUUUGUAUAUGUUAGUGAAUCGUCAUUAUUAGUUAAAUACACUCUUUUGACAAAUUUCGAUAACCCAUUGGCGUGGAAUCAAGGGUUGAGAAAACAAUUUUAAUUCAAAUUUGGAUUUUACAUUAAUGAAUUGAUUUUGCAGCACUUGUAAUGCUGAAAACCCGAUUAUUUUUAUUUGAAAAAAGGCGUUAAAAGCUUAAAAAUAUAAAGGAAAGGAACAUUGUAGUUUUAUUUAGUUUUAAAUAUAAAUUAAAUUAAAAAUGAAUUGUAGCAAUAAUACGAAAAAUUUAAGAUAAACCAUAUUUAAAAAACAACAGAGGCGCAUUAUAAAAUGUUGUAAUCUAAAUGAAUGACUUUACAUUAAAAGUUAACUUUUUAUAAGCAAUAAGAACACAUUUCAAAAAUACCAAUAAUUAAAUAUGUAAUACUGGCAUAAUUUGCAUUGAUUCAAUAAUAUUGGGACUUCAUAGUAGGCGUUAGAUAAAUAUUGUUUUUAGGCCGAAUCAGGAUAAUUUGGUAGAAUUGUUGCACGUGGUAUUAUUAUGUAGUAGUAGUGUCAAUAGAAAUAACUAUUUUAAAUAUUUUAUGAGGUGGUGUUUGAGACUAAAAACAUGGGAAGAAAAAAGGAUUGUCAUUUUAAAAGAAAUAAUUUUAAAACCAGCUGAUUUAAUUUAACUAGGGCCAAAACAAUAAAUACUUGUAUAAAUAAAACAUGUAGGUACGAUUAAAUUAAUAGUUUUUCUCUAAAAAUAAAAAAUGUAUAAAUUAUUGUGUUCUUGCAUUUAUUAUCAUUAUUUAUCAUAUUGUUUUAUUUUAAUAAGGUAGGCUUAUUAU